GGCUCAACAGCGGGCACCGCGUCAUCUGGCAAGACAGUGGGCACCAAGUCACCAGGCACGACAGUGGGCUCUGACUCAAUUGGCACGACAGCGGGCACCGGGUCAUCAGGUACCGGAUUGUCUGGCUCGACAGCGGGCAUCGGGUCACCAGGUAUGACAGCGGGCACUGGGUCACCAGGCAUCAGGUCAUUUGGCUUGCCAGCGGGCACCGCGUCAUCUGGCAAGGCAGUGGGCACCGGGUCACCAGGCAUUGGAUCGUCUGGCUCGACAGCGGGCAUCGGGUCACCAGGCAUCAGGUCAUUUGGCUCGCCAGCGGGCACCGCGUCAUCUGGCAAGGCAGUGGGCACCGAGUCACCAGGUACGACAGCGGGCUCUGAGUCAAUUGGCACGACAGCGGGCACCGGAUCAGGUACCGGAUCAUCUGGAUCAACAGCGGGCAUCGAGUCAACUGGC